GUGGGUUCUUGGGGAGAAUCUGCAAACCUCCACUUCAUGCCAGAAUGCAUCUGCUAUAUAUACAACCAUAUGGCGAUGGAAUUAAACAAAAUUCUGGAUAAUCGCAUCGACGAUUACACGGGGAUGCCAUUUGUGCCCUCAAGUUCUGGGGAUUGUGGUUUCUUGAAGAACAUAAUGAUGCUGUUUUACGAAACGAUAAGGAAGGAAGUGGAGGAUAGUCAAAACAGAACUGCGUCGCAUUUUGCUUGGAGGAACUACGAUGACAUUAAUGAGUAUUUCUUGAGCAAAAGGUGUUUCAAGAGUCUGAAGUGGCCAAUCGACAUGCGAAGCAACUUUCUCUAUACAGCUAACAAGAACAAUAGAGUGGGAAAGAUGGGGUUUGUGGACUAGAGGUCGUUUUGGAAUGUGUUUCGGAGCUUUGACAGGCUAUGGGUUUUGUUGAUUUUGUUUUUGCAGGAAUGAUAAUUGUUGCUUGGGAGGAGACGUAGUCUAGAUGGAAAGCACUAAAGAGAAGAGAGGUGC